AAUAACUAAAUGAUUGUAAGAGCAGACAACGUUUCCCGCUGUUACCCGCCGCCCGCAUCCUACUCCGCAAUCACAAUCGCCUAUAUGUCAGCAUUCGGACAUUCUCUCGCAGAAAAUCUGGUCCACAGCAGGAGGCAAUGAUGUACAUAGUAGUGACUGAGCCCAAUGAUUACAUAUGACAUCACCGCUGACUACCGGUCUGUGUGGGCUGGUACUCAGUACUCAGUACGAAAGGCAGUGGACUUCAGGCCGGAUUCAUAAUGUCGCAUUUGACAAGGGGACAACUCCAUUCGUCUGAAAACGCGGGUGAAAGUAAUAGCAGGGACCGUCUCUCUGCUUGUAUCCGGAAGAUAUCCCAUGGCUUACCUUAGCCUAGCUGGCAGUCGGGAAAGCAGUAGCACGUUCCAGAAUGACUCGAAGCCUUGGCAUUGGAGUCGGGGCCUGUCGGGAGAAUGCAGAGUAGAUGAUUCCCACGUGCGGAAGGAUGGGGCGGCACUGGUACGGGGAAAUACGUGUCCAUUGCGAGCGAGGCAUAGAAGAAUCCAUAGUUUUAGGCUUUAAAGAGUAUCAGACUAUCACGGCAACCGUUGAGGGUUGUGAAGGUCGGAUAGAGAAGAUCCAGGCAAAAUCAAGCGCUUCGAAGACGUCGCUUAGAGAGCGAAAGUCUGAGAAAUCUGCGUGUUUUCGAAUGCGAGGGAAGUUCAAUGUGCCGUUAUAGUGAUGAAGGAUCCACGCAGGAGAGGAAACAAGGAUCAUGUAGAUAGUACAGAUUAGAACACAG